AUGGCCGGUCUGAACGUGGGGGCCACCGUCGGACUGCUGGGCGUCCUGCUCCUGGGAGCGGCGCGGCUGCCGCGCGGCGCAGGUGCUUCUGACAUCAGUCUGCUGCCAGGCAGUGGCAUCACCAUUCGCAUCCAGCUGGGGACCCCACCCCCGCCGGGGAAGUCCUGUUACAUCACCAUUGGGAAGAAGCAAGACACCACCCUGUCCAUCAAGUCUGGAGAAAGGGUCGUCUUUGGCUUUAGUUGCCAGAAGCCAGAAAGCUACUUUGUCAUGGAGAUCCACAAGAGUGUUGACUGCACAACGGGUCCAUGUCUUUCCGGGGAAGUUCAGCUGGAGCCCUCAACAUCAGUGUUGCCCAUCCUCAACAGAACUUUCAUCUGGGACAUCAAGGCCCCCAAGAGCAUGGGUCUGGAGCUAUACUUUCCCUCUCCUCGCCUGAGGCAAAUCAGCCCUGGCAAGGCCUGCCCUGACGGAGUCACCCACUCCAUCAGCGGGCGCGUCGGUACCACUGAGGUCAGGAUCGGAACCUUCUGCAGCAACGGCACCGUGUCCCGCAUCAAGAUGCAAGAAGGAGUGAAGGUGGCCUUACACCUGCCAUCGUUCCAGCUUAGAAACUUCUCGGGCUUCAGCAUUGCAAACCACUCCUCUAUAAAACGACUAUGCAUCAUCGAGUCCGUGUUUGAGGGCGAAGGCACAGCCACGCUGCUGUCAGCCAACUACCCAGAAGGCUUUCCCGAAGACGAGCUCAUGACGUGGCAGUUCCUGGUCCCACCACACCUGCGGGCCAGCGUCUCCUUCCUCAGCUUCAAUGUGUCCAACUGUGUGAAGAAAGAGGAGCGUGUGGAGUACUACAUCCCUGGCUCCACCACCAAUCCCGAAGUGUUCAAGCUGGAAGACCAGCAGCCUGGGAACAUGGCAGGAACCUUCAACCUCUCCCUGCAGGGUUGCGACCAGGAUGCCCAGAUGCCGGGGGUCCUGCGGCUGCAGUUCCAAGUUUUGGUCCAGCAUCCACAGAACGAGAGCAAUAAGACCUAUGUGGUUGACUUGAGUAAGGAGAAAACCAUGUCACUCACCAUCGAGCCCGUAAAACACGGCCGCAAGUUUGUCCCUGGCUGCUUCGUGUGCCUGGAGUCUCGGACCUGCAGUGCCAACGUCACCCUGACACCUGGCUCCAGACACAAGAUCUCCUUCCUGUGCGAUGACCUGAGCCGCUUGUGGAUGAAUGCUGAGAAAACCUUAAGCUGCUUGGAACCCCGGUAUUGCCAGAGGAAGUCCUACCCGCUCCAGGUGCCCGAUGACAUCCUCCAGCUGCCCGUGCAGCUGCACGACUUCUCCUGGAAGCUGCUGGUGCCCAAGGACAGGCUCAGCCUGGCGCUGGUGCCAGCACAGAAGCUGCAGCAGCACACACAUGAAGGGGCCUGCAGCACCAGCUUCAGCUACCAGCUGGCUAGUGCCGUGCCCGGCCAGGACCUGUACUUUGGCUCCUUCUGCCCCGGCGGUUCCAUUGAGCACAUCCAGGUGAAGCAGAACCUGUCCGUGACACUCCGCACCUUCUCGCCCAAAUUCCGGCAGGACGCCUACAGGCAGGGCCUGAAUGUCUCCUUCAUACCCUUCUUUAAAGAGGAAGGCAUUUUCACCGUGACCCCUGACACGAAAAGCAAGGUCUACCUGAGGACCCCCAACUGGGACCGAGGCCUGCCAGCCCUGUCCUCCGUGUCCUGGAAUGUCAGCGUGCCCAGCAGCCAGGAGGCCUGCCUGACUUUUCUGCAAGAGCGAACCGGCGUGGUCUGCCAGACAGGUCGCGCAUUCAUGAUCAUCCAGGAGCAGCGGAGCCGGGUGGAGGAGAUCUUCAGCCUGGAGGAGGAGGUGCUGCCCAAACCGCGUGUCCACCGCCACAGCUUCUGGGUCAACGUCUCCAACUGUAGCCCGGCCAGCGGCAAGCAGCUGGACCUGCUCUUUGGGGUUGCACUCAGCCCCAGGACGAUGGACCUGACUGCUGUCAUCGGCACCGUGGUGGCAGGCAUCGCUGUCCUGCUGUUGGCCCUCGGACUCAUCAUCUGCUUCGUGAAGAAGAGGAGAAAGAAAAUAAACAAGGGCCCCGCCGUGGGCAUCUACAACGGCAAUGCCAACACUCAGAUGCCAAGGCAGCCCCGGAAGUUUCCAAAGGGCCGCAAGGACAACGAUUCCCACGUGUACGCGGUCAUUGAUGACACCAUGGUGUACGGACAUCUGCUCCAAGAUGCCAAUGGGUCCUUCCUCCAGCCAGAAGUGGAUACCUACCGGCCCUUCCAGGGGCCCAUGGGGGACUGCCCUCCCUCCCCACCCCCAGUGUGCUCCAGGGCCCCGACGGCAAAGCUGACCUCAGAGGAUCCACCGCCCCUCAGGCUUUCUGAGUCUGAGGGGGAAGCCUACACCUUCUCCCACCCCACGAAGGAGGGUGUGGACCGUGAGGACACUGCCAUGCCCUUGCUGGUCACCCAGGAGCCCACAGAGCCAGCCCCAUCUGAAGGCUUGGCAUAG